AUGUCAGGUCAACCAGAUGCUAUUGGUGGUGCAUCAAAUGUAUGUACAACAAUUCAAUUCAGUAAUGGAUUUUUGAUAUUUACUAACAUUCUAGCCUAAUGAUGUACUUCUGCCACCAAAACAAGUUGAAAUUGAUGAUCAGGUACCUCAAACUGAAGAAGCCAUUGAACCAAAAAAAUCUAAAAAACAAAAAGAAGUUGCUGUUGGAUCUGAAUCAGAUGAAAUUGCCGAAGCUUUUAAUAAUGCAAAAACUGAUAUUAAACCAAGUGAAGAUUUCGACAUGUCAAAUGUUACUACUAAACCUCCCCCAAGGCAACCUGUUGAUCCAACUUUUAGAGGUUGGAAAGAAGUUGGUGGUUAUGAAGCUGAUGAUGCAUUAACUGCACAAGAUGAAACAACUGAUUUAUUAUCAAAAGGAUCUAUUUUUGAUCAAUAUUUACCUCAAGUUAUUUAUGGUGAUUGGUAUCAUAAUACUGGUUAUUUAAUUGUUGGUGGUUUAUUAUCUUGGUUAAUUGGUUGGUUUAAAUUCUCAGUAGCACCAUUGUUUUUUGUCAUGGUUGUAUUUGCUUUAUUAUAUAGAGCUUCUAUUAAGAAAUAUCGUGCAGUUUUAAGAGAGCAAGCUCAUAGAGAAUUUUCAAUUAAACCUGUUGAAUCUGAUUAUGAAACAAUGGAUUGGUGUAAUUAUUUUUUAGAAAAAUUUUGGUAUUAUUUAGAACCUUCAAUUGCUCAAAUAGUUUGUGAACAAGCAAAUCCAAUCUUGGCAAGCUCACCAGCACCUCCAUUUGUUAAAGCAAUUUGGUUAGAUACUUUUACUUUGGGUACAAAACCUCCAAGAAUUGAUUGUGUUAAAACUUUAAUAGGUACUGCUGAUGAUGUUGUUGUAAUGGAUUGGGGUUUUUCAUAUACUCCAAAUGCUUUAGUUGAUGCUAAUAAUAAACAAUUGAAAAAUUUUGUUAAUGAAAAAAUUGUUUUAAAAGCUAGUUUAUUUGGUAUUACAAUUCCAGUUUCUAUUGGUGAUGUUUCAUUUAAAGGUUUAGCAAGAGUUAGAUUAAGAAUGAUGGCUUCAUUCCCCCACGUUGAAACUGUUAAUUUAACAAUGUUGGAACCACCACAAUUUGAUUUUAAUACUAAAGUACUUGGUGAAUCUUCUUGGUGCUGGGAAGUUUUCAACGUUCCUGGUGUUUAUCCUUUUAUUAAUGAAUUGGUUAAAAAAUAUGUUGGUGCUAUUUUAUAUCAUCCAAUGUCAUUUCAAUUGAAUGUUCAACAAUUAUUAUUAGGUAAUAAAAUUGGUUCAGCAAUUGGUGUUUUAGCUAUCACUGCAAAUUCAGCAAGAGGUUUAAGAGGUUUUAAAACUAUCGGUAAUACAUUAGAUCCAUAUUUAACAUUUGGUUUUAGAAAAGAAGUACUUGCUAAAACUAAAACUAAAACUGAUACUAGUUCCCCUGUUUGGAAAGAAACUGUUUAUAUUCCAGUUUCUUCCUUAAGUGAACCAUUAAAUAUUACAGUUAUUGAUUUCAAUGAUUUUAGAAAAGAUCGUCAAGUUGGUAAUAUCCAAUUUGAUUUGGAACCUUUACUUGACAAUAAGAAGCAACCCAAUCUAACAGCUGCUUUUAUGAGAAAUAAUAAACCAGUUGGUGAAUUAAAUUUUGGAAUCAAUUAUAUGCCAACUUUGGAACCAGUUAGACAAGCUGAUGGAGCUUUCACACCACCACCGGAUUUAAAUACCGGUAUUGCAAGAAUUGAAAUUAUGGAAGCAAGACAUUUAAAAGGUGGUGAUAAAGGUGCAAGUACAAAAGUUCAGUUAAUAUUUGAUGGUGAAAAAGUUAUUGAUUCACCAGUACAAAAGAAUACAAAUAAUCCUGGAUGGGGUGUUGAUACAGAACAAAUUGUUUUUAAUCGUGCUAAAGCUAAAUGUAAGAUUAUUCUUAGAGAUAAAAAUGAUAAAAUGGUUGGUUCUAUUAUUCACUCAUUAAAUGAAUUAAUUGAUGCUACUCAAGUUGAGCAAACCUGGUUCCCAUUAGCUAAAGGUGGGGAAAUUAGAAUAAGUACUCAUUGGAAACCAGUCGAAUUGGAAGGAGCUAGUGGUGCUGGUGGUUAUACACCUCCAAUAGGUGCAGUUAGAGUUUCAAUUAGAAAUGCUGAAGAUUUAAGAAACUUGGAAACUAUUGGUAAGAUUGAUCCUUAUGCAAGAUUAUUAGUUAAUGGUUUUGAAAGAGCAAGAACUCAAGCAAUUGAAAGUUCAUUAAAUCCAACGUGGAAUGAAAUUCAUUAUGUUACAGUAGCAUCACCAAAUCAAAAAUUAACAAUUGAAGUUAUGGAUGUCGAGGCACAUUCAGCUGAUAGAACUUUAGGUUCAUUUGAUAUUAAAUUAAAUGAAUUUAUUCAAAAGGAUGAAAAAGGUCAAUAUAUUGAACAUGUUGAUAACAAAAUUAGAACUUCAAAAUUAAUUCAUAAGAAAGAUGCAAAAGGUUCAGUUACUUAUAAAUUAGCUUUUUAUCCAGCAUUACCUGUUAUGACAUUACAAGAUCAAAAAGAUCAAGAAGAAGAAAGAAAGAAGGAAGAAGAAGAAAGACAGAAAAAGAUUGAAGAAGAAAAAUCAAAAGAUGCUCAAGGUAAAGAUGAUAAAGAUAAUGAAAAAGCUAAUGAAGAAGAAGAUAUUAAUGAAGAUGAAGUUCAAGAUGAAAGUUCUUCACAAAAAUUAAAAUUAUCUUUAAAUCAAUUAAUUGAAUAUAAAUCUGGUAUUUUAAUCUAUGAAAUUCAAGAUGGUAAAAUGAGUAAAGAUGAUGUUUAUUUACAAGUUUUUAAUGGUAAUCAAGGCUAUCCGGAUUUUAUAACUGCAGAAUUGAAAAAGAAACUCGUAAAAGUUGAUGCAACUGGUGAUUCAGUAAUUACAAACUUGGAUUACUCAGAAACUGUUAUAAGAAUCGCAAAAGAUAAAUACGAUAAUAGAUUGGAUAAAUGUGUUGCUGAAACAACUAUUCCAACCCUUCAAUUAGUUAAAAAUGGUUAUGAAAAACCAAUGUCAAUUGAUUUAUCUGGAGCUGGAUCUGCUAAUUUCAAAAUUAGAACUAGUUGGAUUCCAUUAGUUUAUCAAUCUGGAAUACCUCCUCAAGAUGAAGCAGAUAAUCUGGGAAUUUUAUCAAUUGAAGUCAAAUCAGCAGAAGGAUUACCAGCAGCUGAUCGUAAUGGUAAAUCAGAUCCUUUUGUUAAAGUUUAUUUAAAUUCAGAAAAAGAACCAUUCACUAAAACCAAAGUUGUUAAAAAGACUCUUGAUCCAACUUUUAAUCACAAAGAUCAAACGGAAGUGGCUAAUUUAUUUGACAGCACAAUAAAGCUUGUUGUUUGGGAUUGGGAUUUUGGAAAUCCUGAUGACUUUUUAUCAGAAGGAUAUGUUGAUAUGAGUGAUUACUAUCAACGAAUAAAACAAGGUGAAAUCGAAGUAGAAGUGCCACUUCAAGGAGAAGAAGGAGAAGUUGCAGGAACAGCUUAUAUCAAAUUAAGUUUUGAGCCUAAAUUUAUUAUCAAUUGUAAACCAUCAAGUUCAACAACAAUUGGAAUAUCGAAUGUUGGUAAAGGUGUUGGUACUGUUGGUAAAGGUGUUGGUAAAGGUGUUGGCAAAGGUGUAGGAACAGUCGGUAAAGGUGUUGGCAAAGGUUUCAAGAAGAUUACAAAUUUAAUUUGA